AUGGCCAAUCAGAGCCGCCUAAGGGAGUUAGCCUCAAUAUUUACACUAAAAGCAGACGAGAAGUUUGAAGAAGAAGAAGAAAAACCGGAAAAAGAAAAAGAUGAUGAAUGGGAGCCAUUGGAUAACCUACCACCUCCAUAUCCUAACAGUCCACCUACCCCUCCGGUGGCUGUGUGGAAGGAAAAAAGAAAAUCAGGAUAUGCAAUAAUUAAUAAGGACCUAGAACCUGUGGAAUCAGGGCCUUUGAGCCCAUCAUGGUCAGCUCAGGCCUGCGAGCUGUAUGCCCUAUAUAGGGCCCUGGAACUAUUAAAGGGGAAAAGUGGGACUAUAUAUACAGAUUCUAAAUAUGCAUAUGGCGUGGUCCACACUUUUGGAAAAAUUUGGGAAGAAAGAGGUUUAAUUAAUACUCAAGGGAGGAAUCUUAUACAUCAAGAAUUAGUAAUAAAAAUUUUAAGGGCAUUAAGAGAACCAAAGGAGAUAGCAGUGGUACAUGUGAAAGGACACCAAAAGGGAUUAGAUUACCGAACCAGAGGAAAUAAUCUAGCAGAUAAAGAAGCCCAGGAAGCAGCAUUGAGGAUUCAGGUCGCUAAAAUCAAUAUAAUACGGGAGGAAGAAAGGCGAGAGGGAGGAGAAAAGAAGUUUGCCCCUGAGGAACAAACAAAACUGGAGAAAAUAGGGGCUGAGUUAGAACAAGGAAAAUGGACACUGCCUGACGGGCGAGAGAUAUUGCCAAAAGCAUACGCGAGGCAAAUAUUGGAACGCUUGCAUACACAAACACAUUGGGGUACAAAGGCGUUAAGUGAUCAUUUACUUGAACAAUUUGGUUGCGUUGGGAUUUUUGAAAUAGCAAAGCAAAUUACACAAGGUUGUUUAACUUGUCAGAAAAUAAAUAAGAAAGUGUUUCGACAAGCAGCCACGGGAGGGAGAAAAACAGCCUAUAGACCUUUCGAGAAAGUACAAGUUGAUUUCACUGAAUUGCCUAAGGUAGGGAGGAUAAAAUAUCUAUUGGUAAUAGUAGAUCAUUUAACACAGUGGGUAGAAGCUUAUCCCGUAGCACAAGCUACAGCACAAACGGUGGUAAAAAUUUUAUUAGAACACUUAAUACCUAGAUAUGGGAUAAUCCAGCACAUUGAUUCUGAUCAGGGCACACACUUCUAAAAUAAUAAAAUUAUUACGUCAAUCGUUAGGUAUUCAGUGGGAAUACCACACUCCGUGGCACCCACAAAGCUCAGGGAGAGUAGAAAGAAUGAAUCAAACAAUAAAACAACAAUUGGCUGAGUUAAUGAUUGAGACACAAAUGCCCUGGACGAAAUGCUUACCAUUGGCACUUUUAAACAUAAGAACUAAACCACACAGUGAGACUGGAUUAUCACCAUAUGAAAUGUUGUAUGGUAUGCCUUAUUCUCAAGGGAUGCCUCUAGGGAACAACGUAGUUGAGGAUCGUAGUAUCCAGAAAUAUAUAAUUACCAUUGGAAGGAGAUUACAAGAGCUAAGAGAAAUGGGGAUGAUGGCUCAAACACCACCUUUGGGAUUUGCUAUUCAUAAGAUACAACCGGGAGACAAGGUCUUAAUAAAAACCUGGAGGGAAGAAUCACUGAACCCCCGAUGGGAGGGACCAUACCUUGUUUUACUUACUACUGAAACAGCUGUGAGAACAGCAGAAAGGGGUUGGACCCCCGCAUCCAGAGUAAAAGGACCAAUAACUACCGAAGCCUGGAGGGUUGAGUCCACUCCUGGGGAACUGAAACUGAGACUAAGGAGGAGCUAAUAUUCUGGCAAUGAGGUUCUGCAUGAAUUAAGGGCGCCGGAUAAAGAGGAUAAGUCUGAAGGGAGGAAAGGGAGAAGGCAAGACUGGGGCAGGACCCUCCACUGCGGUGUGUAUGGUCCACUGAGGGAGGCAACCCCUAUGGGUAUUGACCGCCGAGGGACAGGGCCUCGACUGGACUUCUCCCGCACUAAGGGGCAACUGAGCCAUGGGCAAGACUGGAGGAAUAACUUCUUCACUCUGGGGGAGGAAGUGGCCAAGGCCUUUAACUUUAGUAACUGCUGGAUUUGUGGAGGACCGGGGGGAACUGAAAGAUGGCCCUGGGUAGCUGGCCCGGUCGAACCCAAGUGGUGGGUCAGUAAUUUGAGUGAAGUUCUUAAUGGGACACAAUUUUGGAAGGAGGAAGGAGGCCCAUAGCGAUUGCACUCGUCAGCUCGGGGUAUAUACUGCUUAAACAGAACAGGAACGGUAGCGGUAGGAAAAAGCAUUUGCAAUUGGACUCUGUCUCCCGGAUAUGAUUGUACCGAUCCUGGAUGUAGACCUAAACUGUACAGCACGUAGUGGGAGAUGGAAUGCCACACAUGUCCAGCUGAGAAACGGGACUUGGCUGCAAUGCUCAUAUAGGGAAUUUUUUGGAUCCGGAUGUGAAACCGUGGCAAGAGCACAAGAGGGGAGACAAUUUGACAGCCAGAUCUUGAGCUGUCAGCGUGAUAACACCACUAAGGAACAGCAUGUGGUACGGGUCUAUCGCUGGAGAUGGCAGGAUGAGAAUGGGAGGCGAGUGUUCUUUAAACAUUUCUGGUCAGCUCAUAAUAUGACAGGCCUCCGAAGAGAACUUGAUUGUAACUGUAAGUGGAAACCCAAUGCGGGAGCUUGGAAGUGCGCAUAUACGAGUACAAACGGGGCAGACAUUGUAACAGGACCGCUCGGUAACAAGGACACUCUGUAUUUUCAUGCUCCAAAAGGUAAAGAGGGAUGGGAUGGUCCUUUUCCAAACGGGACGUGGGCCCUAAAGGGACAUUAUUGGGUGUGUGGCAAACGUGCUUACAAGAGGCUACCCGGAAACUGGUCAGGAAUAUGCUAUGUUGGGUACAUAAGACCCGUGUUCUUUUUAUUGUCACAAACACAAGGAAAUUAUUUAGGAAUAAGAUUAUACGAUUACCUGAACAGAAUGAAACGAUCUGUUGACGCUUCCUUAGCCGGGGGUAGUACCCAAAAAUGGGGAGAGGAUGAAUGGCCUCCUGAAAGAAUCAUACAGCAUUAUGGACCAGCUACCUGGAACCCGAAUGAGGUAGUAUCGGGAGCCCGAGAACCUAUUUAUAAUUUGAACCAAAUAAUUAGGUUGCAACAAUCAAACAGCGACGGCCUUGGAUCUUUUGGCUGAUCGAUCCACUCAGAUGAGGAAUGCUAUCUUUCAACAUAGAAUGGUCUUAGACUAUUUACUAGCAGAAGAAGGGGGAGUGUGUGGAAAACCGAACGAUUGUAAUUGUUGUUUACAAAUUGAUGAUAAUGGAAAAGCGGUUAAGCAGAUAACAAAGGAAAUUAGGAAGUUAGCCCACGUCCCAGUACAAACUUGGAAGGGUAUGGAUUGGGAUUUGUUUUCAUGGCUGCCCAGUGGACCAUGGGUUAAGAGGAUGUUAUUUUUAUUUGUAUGUGGUGUAAUGACGUUAUUGUUUAUACCGUGUAUGAUACCUUGCUUUACGUUGUUGAUACGCCGAAUAAUAAAUAGUACCCAAUUUGUGGUGACUUCGGUAGAGAAGAAGGGUGAUGUGUCAAUAAUGAUGCUUAAGAAAUGGACCCCCCGAGAACCGACAGAUGAAAUCCAGUCGUUACUAGCAAAGGUUGAAGAAGAGACAUGAUAAUAUUAAAAAGAAGAUGGGGGAUUGUAAGGAAUGGUCCAGCAAUUCGUGUCAGUAGAGGAUUUGAAGGGUUAACAUUGAGGCCCGGGUCUAGGGGUUAAGAGAACAAAGGGGUUUUCAAAAAAAAGAAAACUGCUGACUAUUGCACGGGACGUUGCACAGGUCUCUGACAUCCGGCCCAGAGGCUACCAAAUCAGAAGGAAGGGGGAGCUGAAGGACGAUUGAAGGACAAAGCCUGGGAGGAAGACUACGAGCCUUCAGCACGAGCGACCCCCGAGGGACCACCGGAGACUGAUACGCAGGUGCCCUUGGGAGGGUUCGGAUUCCAGAAACCAAUUAUAAUAACCCUGCCAUUUCUAGAGGUAGUAAUGAAUAUGUAUUAGCCUAGGAGCAUAAAAACCAGCCGCCUGAUGUAACGGGUGCGCAUCUUGGUGGAGCGGAGACUCCCGGCGCACCCAGCGCUGUUUGCUUGCCUCUAUUCGUUUAAUAAAUUAUAAACUUUGAUUGCA